CCGUGCAGUUCCUCCGGCUUUCUCCACCCCCGUCCCGGUGCAUCCUGCCUGUUCUGGGGUCCAGAAGCGUGUUACAGGGCGGGAUGGGCGGGAGAGCAGAGCCACGGCCUCUGCGGAGCGAGUGAAGAGCGGCGAGAAGUUCCCGGGGCGGCGCGCCUAGCCACGCAGGGGCGGUGGGAGCGCGGGCCCGGCCCCCGACGGGCGCGGACGGCAGAGCCGCCGCCUGACCGCGUGGCGCCCCACCACUGCGGCCGCGUCACCCUCGCCCCCCGGGGUCGCCAGCGCUGGCCCGAGCUCCCACUGACGGCACACUGAGCCCGGCUCACUUGCCGGCCUCGUCUCCAAUGAUUCAGAAGUCACGCCCGGCGCUCCUGCAGCCUCAAGAUGUCGGAGACAGGGUGGAGACGCUUAUGCUGCAUCCGGUGAUCAAAGCUUUCCUGUGUGGCUCCAUCAGUGGGACCUGCUCCACCCUCCUUUUCCAGCCCCUAGACCUCCUCAAAACUCGCAGACACCGCUGCCUCUCAGCAAUGUUAAGUCAAUGCCCAUCCUGCUGGAUGCUUCGAGAGCAACACGGAUCCAGGCGUGUUGGGAUGCUGGCUCUUCUCUUGAAGGUGGUUCGCACGGAGAGCAUUCUGGGCCUUUGGAAAGGGAUGUCUCCCUCCAUUGUGAGGUGUGUCCCCGGCAUUGGUAUCUACUUCGGCACCCUCUACUCCUUGAAGCAGUACUUUCUGCGAGGCCAUCCACCAACCGCCCUGGAGUCAGUCAUCCUGGGAGUGGGCUCUCGCUCAGUUGCAGGGGUCUGCAUGUCACCCAUCACUGUGAUCAAGACCCGUUACGAGAGCGGGAGGUAUGGCUAUGAGAGCAUCUACGCAGCCCUGAAGAGCAUCUAUCGCAGCGAGGGGCACCGGGGACUCUUCAGUGGCCUGACAGCAACACUUCUGCGUGACGCACCCUUUUCUGGAAUCUACCUGAUGUUUUACAACCAGACCAAAAACAUCAUGACCCACGGAUUAUGGGCUGCGUGGCUUCUUCCAAGGUGGCGUCCCCCGGGCCCUCCGCAGAACUCUGAUGGCAGCAAUGGCAUGGACAGUCUACGAGGAGAUGAUGGCCAAGAUGGGCCUGAAGUCCUGACCGACAGGGGCCUGGGGACAGAUGGGCUCUGUUGCCUUGCCCGGCUCUUGCCGAGGGCUGCUCCGUCUCACUGUCCCGGAGUUAGAGGAUGUCCUGUCUGGAAAGCCAGGCAGCUACGUCACCUUCAGUUACCCAGUUUGAGUAGAGAAUAGAUGGGCCCGACUCAAGCCUUCAGGAUCUCCCGAAAGAGGUGUUACUGAUGCGUACCGCGCGCUAGGGAGUUAGGAGAGGGUUUGCCCAUCCUGCAGGACUUCUUAAAAAGGGGUUUCUGGAGAGAGCUCUGUCAGGUAGCUCUGCUUCACCUACACCCACCUACACCAGGCUGCUGUUUGGAUCUGUCCUUGGGCAAGGAAUCGCACCGCCAGAGAAUCCGCGGACUGGCGCUGCGGCCGAGGCGCUCCAGUGGGGGAAGCCCAUCUGCUGGGAGAGGGGUCCUUGUCACCAGGCUGAAGGCUGUGUCUGGGGUGCUGUUAGGACGAGGGGAAAAAAGAUGUUGUUACUUAACUGGUGGUUACUUAAUCACCUGGAGAGCCUCUAAAGAAGUGGGGACGGUGGCUUCUUAGCCUCUAAGUGUCCAAAUAACGUUUUUUUGUUCUUGGCCUCAGCCCUGUUUUAAUUCUGAAUUGUUCUGGCAUUUUUUUUUUUCCUGCUGCUAAAAUUCACAUAAAUAAAGUGAAGCACUUUAUCAUUGAAAACUGUUUGGAAAACCUCAA